GGAAGAGCGGGAGGGGGGCGGGAGCCGGUCCCAGAAGAUGGCGGAGGCGGGGGAUUUCUGGUAGGUCCUCUUUUAGGACAAGAUGCUGUAACUGUAGGAUCACCGGCCUGCUUCGAUUCACAGACAUUUGGUUUUUCUGCUGGGAAGGCUUUUUUUUUUUUUUUUUUUGUCUUGCCGGUUUACUGAACUUAUGAAACCAUGGCAGAAGGAAAGACAGAGUCGCCUGGGCCCAAAAAGCGUGGCCCCUAUAUUUCAUCUAUCACUAGCAGGAGCGUGAACUUGAUGAUUCGUGGAGUGGUGCUGUUUUUUAUUGGAGUAUUUCUUGCAUUAGUGUUAAAUUUACUUCAGAUUCAGAGAAAUGUGACGCUCUUUCCGCCCGACGUGAUCGCGAGCAUCUUUUCUUCAGCGUGGUGGGUGCCGCCCUGCUGUGGCACAGCCUCAGCUGUGAUUGGGUUAUUAUACCCCUGCAUUGACAGGCAUCUAGGAGAACCACAUAAAUUUAAAAGAGAGUGGUCCAGUGUGAUGCGGUGCGUAGCCGUCUUUGUUGGUAUAAAUCAUGCCAGCGCUAAAGUGGAUUUUGAUAACAACAUACAGUUGUCUCUCACACUGGCUGCACUCUCCAUUGGACUGUGGUGGACAUUUGAUAGAUCUAGAAGUGGUUUUGGCCUUGGAGUAGGAAUUGCUUUCUUGGCAACCUUGGUCACUCAACUGCUAGUCUAUAAUGGUGUUUAUCAAUAUACAUCUCCAGAUUUUCUCUAUGUUCGCUCUUGGUUACCGUGUAUAUUUUUUGCUGGAGGCAUAACAAUGGGAAACAUUGGUCGACAACUGGCAAUGUAUGAAUGUAAAGUUAUCGCAGAAAAAUCUCAUCAGGAAUGAAGAAGG